AUGGCCGGCAGCUUAAGACCACUCAAGCAGCAAACAGCAGCAGAAAGGACAGCAGCAAAAACGGCAGCAAAGGCGGCAGCAACAGCAGCAGAAGCAGCAGCAGCAGGAAAAGCGGCAGCGGCAGCAGUAAAAGCAGCAGCGGGGAAAGUGGCAGCGGCAGGAGCAAAAGCAGCAGCAGAACCGCAGCGGCAGGAGCAAAAGCACCGGCAGCAGCAGCUGCUGCUGCUUUUGCUGCUUCCAGCUGCGUCCUCCAAGCAGCAACAGCAGCAGCAGCAGCAGCAGCUUGGGUUUGCCGCGUGA